AUGGCCUGUAGAAGACCCGUAGACGAACUUGCAGACGUACCCCAUCGUAACCCAAAUGGACUUCAACCUUGCAUAGCCUUCCCGGAAGAUUAUAUUAGCCCAGGAAACUUGCAUUACAAUGUACCACCCAUUCCCGUAGACAGAACUUAUCCCCUAAACACAAGUAUAAUGCCGUGGCAUGGCUACACAGGAGCCAAAGGCCACUUCAAUGAACAAGUGAUGCCAAGUUGGGCGGAUCAGUACGUAAUUAAUGAUAACGAAGUGGGUCGUAACGUUAAUAUCGAACAAUGUAAACUGACCCAACAAAAGGAAUUCGUUCAAUCUAAGACCUUAAAAAGGAAACUAUCUGAUUUUCACCAAAACGACAGACUAUGA